AUGUCGAGGGCAGCAGAAGCAGCUAUAGCUGCCAGUUACAAAGCUCUGAAAGAAGACUUUGUAUCCAAUCUUACUGGCGGAGAAAUUGGGGAGAUCAACUAUGUUACUGCAGUUGCGCCCGUAGCAUUGGUCCUCUGGUCUGCUCUGCAAACACGGCAAUCCUUUUUCAAACCAUAUACCCCCCUAUCCUUCGCCGUCGACUUCCUCCUCAAUGUCUGCGCCAUCCUCCUCGCAACCACCCUCUAUUCCUCCACACCCAUCGUCCUCAACAUCCUCCUCCUCGCUCCCGUAGCAAUCAUCUACGCCCUCCCACGCCCCCCGCUCUCGAAAAAACCCAAAGUUCCCCCACCGAAAACAAAAGAUGCUGAUGCGGAGAACCCGCUUCCCAAGAAACCCUUCUUGACCAUAUACAGAGGCGCAAUGCUGGUUGUAACAUGUCUAGCCAUCUUGGCAGUCGAUUUCCGCAUCUUCCCUCGCAGAUUCGCAAAGGUCGAGAACUGGGGCACAUCGCUGAUGGACGUGGGUGUCGGAUCCUUCGUCUUCUCCGCAGGCGUCGUGGCCGCACGACCAAUUCUCAAAGAGCAGUUAGCGGGCAAGAGCACAGCACUCAGCACACGAUUAUACAAAUCCAUACGGCAUUCUCUGCCACUUCUCGUAUUGGGGUUUAUAAGGCUAUACAGCGUCAAGGGAUUGGAUUACGCAGAACAUGUCACUGAGUAUGGGGUGCAUUGGAACUUCUUCUUCACACUGGGCUUUCUACCGCCGUUCCUGGCAUUGUUCCAGACGGCUUUCGCAUACAUCCCUUCGUACGCUGGUCUUGCUAUCUUGCUAGGCUCUGUUUACCAGGUAGCGCUGGAAUUCACGACCCUGAAAGCAUAUAUCCUCACCGCGCCCCGCACCAACCUCUUCUCCCAGAACCGCGAGGGCAUCUUCAGUUUCUUCGGAUACCUAGCGAUCUUCCUCGCUGGCCAGAGCACAGGUAUGUUUGUGCUGCCGCGGAAACUGUCAUCUACAGCCACGACUGGGACGGAGCAGCGGAAACGCCUCGUCUUGACGCUGGGGGCUUGGUCCGGGUUCUGGAUAGCGUUGUUUAUGCUGACGACGAAUUACAAAUACGGGCUCGCGCUGAGCGUGUCCCGACGCCUAGCAAACCUGCCCUACGUACUCUGGAUUAGCGCCUUCAACAGCACGCAAAUCCUCUGCUUCUGCCUGGUCGAAACAUUCUUCUUCCCGGGCGUGUACAAAGCCACGACUGCGAAGGAGGAGAAGGAGGCGUAUGAGUUGGCGACGAGCAGGGUGCUGGAGGCGUAUAAUCGGAACGGGUUAUUUGUGUUUCUGGUGGCGAAUCUGGGCACAGGGAUUGUGAACAUGACGGUCAAGACGUUGGAUGUUGGGAGUAGGGGGGCUAUGGGGAUAUUGGGUGUUUAUGGGGGGCUGAUUACUGCUUUGGCGGUGGGGUUGGAUUUGUAUGGGAUUUCUAUCAAGAUGUAA